UUGUUAUUACUUUGUUAUUACUUUCUGUAAUAACACAAAUACCAUUUCCCAUUUUAGGUGUGUUUUCACCACUGAUUUCACAGCCUGAGUGUGACUCACUCUUGUGUGCUGCUCUCACACGGGCGUGACCUCACAGGUAACUGACAGGUAACUGACAGUUAGGUCACACAGAAUCCUGGACCUGAAGACGACCAAGUGAAAGUAUGGAGAACAGUGGAACAUUCAUGUCACGCUCUGGAUCAGACUCUGCAGACUUGACUGACCACCAGCAGCAGCCUGACGCUCCAAAACAACCAAAGUCCACAUCAGACUUUGACAGCCUCUCUCGUUGUGCCGCUUGCUACAACCCCAAUAUGAACUCCAUGACUUGGCGAGGGGAAGACGGUGAGUCAAGCUCUUCAGCUGGAGACUCCGGUCCAGAAUUAAGCUCUGACUCAGAGUCAGAGUCAGAGUCCAGCUCCAGCAGCAGCUGGUCUGCUGUUGAAGAAACACCUGAGGAGCCUGAAAUGGAGACACGCUUAUCUGCACAUGAUUCUGAUGCAGAUGAUGCUGAGCCUGAAUCUGCAGCUGGGGAUGCUGACGGACGGGAGGGGACAGGAGAGAUGCUGCACGGGCAGCGAGGAGAGAGAGGGACCAAAGGGAGGAUUAAAAGAGCUCCACUCGUCAAGUCUUUGACCCUGCCUCCCUCUUUCACUCCUCACCUCAGACCUGUCUCCCUCCUGCCCCGCCCACGAACCAUGGUCUCCACCCUGCACCUGCAGGUGCUGCCCAAGGUUCACAAAGAUGACACCGUAAUCAACAUCUGCCAACAGCUGCCUAAGAGACACAAGGGAAAAUCUGAGGAACGUUAUGGAAGAGGUAAGGGAGGAGAAGACGGAGACGGAGGAGGAGGAGGAGCAGGAGGAGGGCAGCAGCCGGGGAACUACCAUAAGCCACUACCAUUUCAGGUGGAACACAUGAUGUUACCAUGGCAACAGAGUUCACCACCGAUGUUACAGCAGCAGCAGCAGCAGAUGUCGUAUCCAUACCAACAUUUCCACCCUGUAUCAGCUCAGGGUAAAGAGUCAUCACCUGCUUUACACACACAACCUAUGUCGCACCUGCUGACACCGUACACACAACCGCAACUGUGGAGAACCAACGCACAACAGACACAACAUCUGCACACACUCCCUCCACAGCCAUGCUGGUACUGUCACUGUCUGCACGACAAAGCCCCCGCGUCUAACUUUUGGUGAUUUUUGUUCUAGUUGUUGUUGUUGUUGUUGUUUUUCAUCUUCUUCUUCUUUCAGAUUCUUGCUUUUAGGGCCAUCACAGAGGAUCAUCUGCCUCCAUCUUGUCCUAUGCUUUGUGUCCUCCUUUAUUACACCGCCUGUCCUCGUGUCCCCCUUAACAACAUCUGUGAACCUUCUCUGUGGUCUUCCUCUUUUCCUCCUCCAUCUUCAACAUCCUUUGUCAAAUAUAAUCACUGUCCCUCAUUUCUAAACUGGUCCAUCUUGGUCACUCCCAACGGAAAUCUCAGCAUCUUCAGCUCCGCCUCCUGUCAUUACUUGAUUUU